AUGACAGCUGAAGUUAAAAAAAUCCUCACAUUUUCUAAAGACACACCUGAUGACGUUGUUAACAAAGCAAAAGAAAAGAUUAAAGCUUCAGGCGGUGUAGUCACUAAUGAAACUAAACUUGGGGGAAGAAUGAUUAUGUAUACAAUUUCCAAAGACACCAUCACCACUUUUUCCACCGAUUCCGAAUUUAACAAACAUUUUGUCGCAGACGAAUUUGACGGCGUGGUCACUACACAAUAA